AAAAUGGUUUCAACAUCAGCCCCGCCCCUAUCUGGCUCCGUUCCCUUAAGCGCCGCAUCGCUUAGCAACUGAAAAUCCCACUCCCGAGCGCCGUCGUUAAGUCGAGGAUUCGCCGUGCAGCCCAGCUCGGCGUUUUCAGAGUGCGAGAUAAACACCGGGUGUCUCCAAGACAGGGUGUGUCGAAAACGAUAGGUAGAUCGUUGUGCAUAUUUGCCGGAACCUGCUUACACACUCAACAAAACAAGUGGAGAAGCCACCAACCACCACCGGCUGGAAUUCUCCCUGUUUUCAUUUUGCCUUUCCUGAUGAAUUCACCGCGGUGAAUACCCUUCAAGCGGACGAGCCAGCUGGAUGCCCGUGCCGCAGUGAUGACGCGAUUCCAGACGUUGGAGCAGGCUCUCGGGGAGGUCGUGUGCACCUUUCAACGCUACUGCCGGAAGGAAGGGGACCGCAACACGCUGAGCAAAAACCAGCUGCGCAGCCUCCUGCAGACCGAAAUGCCCAGCCUGCAAACGCUGCAAAUCAAAGGCCAGGCUUUGGAAGAAAUGCUCACCCUAUUGGACGUCGAUCAGGAUGGAGAGGUCACCUUCGAAGAAUACAUCCGGUUCGUGGCGGCCGCCUUCACCUUCUUCCACCUGCAAUUCCGCGAUGCCCCCGUGGCCCAACCACGCGUCUAACGGGUUGUGUGUGUGGAUGACUGCGGACGGCGUUGCGGUGAAGAGGUCGGCGCUCUGGACAGAUAGACGGGUUUUUCAGGAGGGAGGGCGGUUCCUGGAGAGAGAG